AUUUCAUAAAAGUCAGCAAUUCCGAUUCAAUUCAACCUCGAGACAAAUAGAAAGGGUUCUUGAGAGGAAGAAAGGGGAGCAGCGACAUUUUUAAAGGUGAUUUUAUAUGUUUGUAUAAGGUUUUCUCUUACAGUUCUGUUUGCUACCAAAGUUUUUCCCUCAAGACUUCGGAGGAGAGGAGGGGAUCUGCUGGUCCAGUUCGGGCUGGCUUUGUUAAUUUAAAAACGGCUCUAAGGAGAGAAACUUGUGCCAAAAAUAGAAGGGGCAGAGAAUGUAUGCCAGCAUUUUCUAAAUUCUUGAUUGCUUCCCCUUCAUUUCACGGUGGUCGUGGUGCCCUACCUUCAGCUGGUGGGCAUCCCGCAGAUCUUACUUUCCUUGCUGGUGGUGGCUGCUGAUACAAGCAUCUGUGGAGGAUUUUGGAGCAAGUUGUGAGUGGAGCUACAGUAUUUAGUUGUUGUUUUAGUAAUACUUUUUAUAAGGAUGGUUACAAUGAAAUGGCUUGAAGAUAAUAGCUUUCCAGUGAAGAAUGGAAAGUGUGAGCAGUUAAUACAUUCUCACUCCUUUCUUCAAGAUACAAAUUUCCCUAUGUACUGCUUCGGUAGCCAAUCUAUUGAGGAAGACAAUUCAUUUGAAGGUCUUUCAUGCAUUGCUGAGGAAGAGCAAAGUAUUUUGGAUGCUGUUCUGCUAUCUCAGUGGGAAGAUCGGAUGCGGAAAGGUUGUUUUAGAUAUGAUGUGACAGCCUCAGAAAUUAAGGCCAUUGCUGGAAAGAUGAAGUUUCUUUCUCAGUUGAAUGAAGGACAGAUAACAGGUCAUCUGUCAAAACCUGAGGGCAAUACACUUCGUGAAUGGGACCCUUUUGCAUUUGACUGCACGAGACAGCCAGAGGAACUACUCUUUUGUGUUUCCAGCAGCAAGAAGGCAAAAUCUGAGCUUAUUCCUUCGGCUUCUGUGCCUGAUAGUGCCAUCUUGGUGAUCAUCAAUGUAACUCCAGUUGAAUAUGGCCAUGUCUUCUUGGUACCUUGUACCACAAACAGACUUUAUCAGUUCCUGGAUCCAAGAUCAGUUGAACUAGUCACAAGGGUUGCUGCAGAAAUUAAUAACUGUUCAUUUCGCGUGUUCUAUGAUUGCUGUAGACCUAAUCGUUCUGAUGUAUACUUUCAGGCUUGCUACUUCCCUGACCCUUUACCUGUGGAGUUCAGGCCUGUAGACACUGUCUAUAGUGGUGGGAGGAGAGGGAUUCACAUAUGUUCUGUCAUAGAUUAUCCUAUUAAGACCCUCUCUUUUCAGACCACUCAUAAUCUCAAGAUAAUGGCAGCAGCUAUUUGUGAGAUAUGUUCUCAUUUAGAGGAAAAGAAUGUGCAAUAUAAUCUGAUGAUAACUGAUUCUGGCAAAAAAAUCCUUUUGUUUCUUCAGCGAUCAUUUGCAGCCUCAAAUGCAAUUUCAGCUUGGGAAUGUGGGGGUUACUUCUUAUUCAGGUGUAGGUAUGAAUUCGAUCAAGUUACCGAGGAUGCCAUGCUUAAACGACUGAGCAGUUUCUCCCUUGACGAUGACAACUUUGAAGCUGUGAAGCAGCUUUGCUGCAGCAUUGCCAGUAAAUUUGAUAGUUGAUCCAAGACUUUUCAAUGCAUGUUCAUGACCUCAUGUGUGGUAGUAAUUUAAUACUAUGUUGAAUCCUAUUGACAUUGUAUCUUGUGGUACUCUUAUUGAUAACUCAGGCUUGUUAUGGUAUGUUUUGUUUCUCCAUGUUGUAUCUGACUCUAAUCAAGAAAGAGUUUAUAUUUGAUAUACUAUC